GACUCUAUUCCCUUUUCCUACGAUGAGUUCGCCAAGGCGGUUGACGAAACGGAAUACGGCUUUGAACGCAACGCGGUAGUGCAGGGGACCGCGGUCGAGUAUUCGGGCAGUGGAUGUCUGGUCGAUAUUGGUGCCAAGGCCUCGGCCUAUCUACCGGACCAGGAAGCCUCGCUCGAUCAGGAUCUCAAUAUUGAAGACGCUGUCCCGCUCGAUACGCCCAUGGAGUUCCAAAUCAUCUCGGAAGAAGACGAGAAUGGACAAUUGCUGGUAUCCAUCAAGCGUAUCGAAUACAAGAAGGCCUGGGAAAAGGUACUUUCCAUGGCGGAGGAGGACCAGAUCUUGGAGGCCAAGGUUAUCGCUGUCAACCGCGGUGGAGCCAUCUGUUUGGUGGAAGGACUCCGCGCAUUUUUGCCCGGUUCCCAUUUGACCGGACAGUUGCCCGACGAAGAUCUCAUUGGAAACAACUUGCAGCUUAAAUUCCUCGAAGUCAACCAGGAAACCAAUAAACUGGUCGUCUCCAACCGGAAGGCAGUGGUUGAGCAGCAAAUGGCGGAUCUCUCCCGGGGUGACCUCGUUGCCGGUAUGGUCAAGGCGCUCAAACCGUACGGUGCGUUCGUCGAAGUCGGCGGUAUGUCCGGUCUCUUGCACAUUAGUCAGAUUAGUUACGAUCGUAUUGAUGAUCUCGAGAAGGUCUUGCAACCAGGCAUGCAGGUCAAGUGCAUGAUUAUCGACCACGACAAGGUCAAUGGACGUAUUGCUUUGAGUACCAAGACGUUGGAACCGGAACCCGGUGACAUGCUCAAGGACCCGAAGAUGGUGUUUGAAAAGGCCGAAGCGACGGCCGCCGCGUAC